AUGGCUGAUGAUAACUCUCCGGCGACGGAGAUGAGAGAGAAACUGAUCAGUUCUUUUACUAAAACCACAUCUUCGUCGAGAGAAGAAGCUCACUCCUUUCUCGAAACUCAUCACUGGAAUCUCCACGAUGCCGUCUCCGCCGCCUUCGCCUCCACCGCCGUGUCAAAUGUCUUUAACACUAACGACGAAAAACUCCCCCGAAUCGUCGAUGCUCGAGCUCGGUCUUUGAAUCUUCGAAUCGAUAUCCCUCAUUCUCCGCAUGAUGAAGUUUCCGAUCACAUUCCCUCGAAAUUGGCUCCGUGGCCGUCGCGGUUACGGUCGAGAUCACCGCCUCGUGCCAGGUAUCCUCUCCUGUCAAAGCGUCAACCCGCCGGGAGCAACCGUACGUCCGGUGAUACCUCCGCCGGAACCGAUAGAGAUUCCGAUGUACCGCACGAGAAUCACGGCGAAAGAGAUCAAAGUGGGACGAUGGUGCAAGAUCCUAAGGAAGCUACUGAUUUAGAUGUAGAAAGACCUCUAGUAGUCACUACAGAAGUUGUAACUAUCUGGAGGAACGGUUUCACUGUCGAUAAUCAUCCGUUUGAGACGUUCGAUAACCCGGAAAACGUAAACCAUAUUGAGAACCUACAAAAUUGGGAGUCACCGCGUGAAUUCAAAGGUCGUAUCAGACUCAUUUGGCGUCAAGAAGAAGACUUCCAUGAAUCACCAAAACCGUUUACUCCAUUCCAAGGCGUAGGAAGAACUCUAGACGGAUCAGACUCUGUCCCUGCUGAACCACCAGCUUCAUCCAACUCACUGACCACUGCACUGCCACCAUCAGUGAGCCUAGUGGUAGAUCCCGCAGCGCCAACAACCUCGAUUCAGCUCAAAUUAGCAGACGGCACAACCAUUGUAUCCAAGUUCAACACUCACCACACGGUUAGAGACAUCCGAGGCUUCAUAGACGAGUCAAGACCAGAUGGCUCCAAGGACUACCAAUUACUCAUCAUGGGGGUUCCUCCUAAACCGCUCACCUACUUGGACCAGACCAUCGUGGAUGCUGCCAUCUCCAACUCUGUCCUCAUCCAGAAAUACUAA